AUGGCUCCUCAACCCGCGAGCGAGCUCGCCAAAUCAGCGGAGACGGCCCAGCGCGCGGCCGAGAACGCGCGCGCGAACGAGAAGUGGGUCACUUGCGACGCGUGCAAGACCAAGGCGUCAGCGCCGGCCGUUGAGGCGGGGAGGGGGUUGUCGGCGCAGGAGCUCGCCUCGCUCGAGGCCGCCGCGACGGAGGCUUCCAAGGCGGCGGAGACGGCCCAGCGCGCGGCCGAGAACGCGCGCGCGAACGAGAAGUGGGUCACUUGCGACGCGUGCAAGACCAAGGUGCAGCGUGCGCUCCUCAAGGCGAUCGAGAGCAACUCGCUGCGCGGCGUCGAGUCCGCCGUCAAGAAGGGCGCCGACCCGCUGCUGCCCGGCGAGCACGCCAACACGCCGCUCCACAUCGCGGCGAUGUAUGGCUCCCUGCGCGUGAUCGGCUACUUGUGCGAGGCGAGGGCCGACCUGACGGCGUGCAACAGGGGCGGGAGGACGCCGCUCGAGUCGGCGCAGAAGGUCGGCGAGCCAAAGGCGAUCGCGAUGCUGCAGGCCUUUGCGGGCGGCUCCGGUGUGCUCUACUACGAGCUCGUCGUCGGCGAGGGCCUCGAGAACCCGCAGUCGGGGCGCGACUAUUACGACGGCGACGGCGUGGGCGACUGCUCUCGCUCUCGCGACUGCUCGCACUCGUGGGGCAUCGACGGCACGCGCUGCGCCCGCUGGCACGGAGGGGACGAGGAGUACGACUUCGAGUGGGCGGCGGGCGACGUCAUCGGGCUCGCCGCCAACCGCGCCACCGGCCAGUUCGCAGGCGGCGUCUUCCCCGUCGUGUCGGCCGAGGCGGGCUCCUUCGAGACCGUGAUCAAAAACACCCUUAAAAACCAUCCCAUCUUUUAA